CCAGGAGUAUGUGCAGAAGGUGCACAAGAGGACAGUGUGCCCGUGGCUCCAGAGGUGCAUCAGAGAGAUCCUAAGAUUCCGACACAAUGAGGAAACAUCUGGGUGGAUGCUGGUUGGCCAUUGUCUGUGUCCUGCUCUUUAGCCAACUCUCCUCAGUCAAGGCGAGAGGCAUAAAGCACAGAAUCAAGUGGAACCGGAAGGUCUUGCCAAGUACCUCCCAGGUCACGGAGGCCCACACUGCGGAAAUCCGCCCAGGGGCCUUCAUCAAGCAAGGCCGAAAGCUGGAUAUCAACUUUGGAGUGGAGGGCAAUAGGUACUAUGAGGCCAACUAUUGGCAGUUUCCUGACGGCAUCCAUUACAACGGCUGCUCCGAGGCCAAUGUCACCAAGGAAAAGUUUGUCACCAGCUGCAUUAAUGCCACCCAGGUGGCAAAUCAAGAGGAACUGUCCCGUGAGAAACAAGACAACAAGGUUUACCAGCGGGUCCUGUGGCAGCUGAUCAGGGAGCUCUGCUCCAUCAAGCACUGUGACUUUUGGCUGGAAAGGGGAGCAGGACUUCAGGUCACUCUGGACCAGCCCAUGAUGCUCUGCCUGCUGGUUUUCAUUUGGUUUAUCGUGAAAUAAGCUUGCAGGCAAGUUGGCAGCCACAGAGAUCAAUAGGCAAGCAAACCAUAAGCAAGUUAUUCCAGUUCUUCUCCUCUAACCCCAAACCCCACGUGUUCUGAAGGUACCAAAGAACAGUGUGAUUGAUUCUUUAGCGCUUUAAAUAGCACUCCCAAGUAUUCACUCAGGCGUUUGAUUAUAUUUGAUAAAUGUGUGGGUAUCAAUCCUCUCCAGGUUCUACCUAAAGUUGGCUUGUUGAUCAUUGCAUUCUCAACUCUGGUGUAGCAUCUGGCCCACCAUAUUAUGCAAUAAAUGUUUGGUAAGCAGGUAAAAGAAUGUGCCAGGGACCAUACCAAGCACUUCACAAUGCUUCCUGACAACUCUCAGAGGUAGGUGUAAUAAGUGUUAUUCUCUUGGUAUAGAUGAGAAAAUUGAGGCUCCAAGAAGUAAAAUAGUAAAGUAGUUAGAAAGUAUCAGCCAUAAUUCAACGCUGGCUUAUCUAACCCAGAUUUCUGCUCUGUACAUUUCUACUUUUGGAAAUACGAAAUGAUUGAUGCCGAUGGCCACAUUUUUGAUAACUUAUUACAUGGAAGUUAAUUAGUUUAAUUAAAGUAAGAUAUAAUGAAGGAAUUAAGCUAAAAUAUAAAUAAAAUCUAGACAAAUGUCCAUAUUGCCUAGUAAGGAAGUAUUACCAGCUUGAUUCCUGGAGUAGUCUAGAUCUAUGGCAUAAAGAUGUUUUUUCACAAGAAGUAUAAGUAUUUGCUACUCGCAUCUCUGAAGUAGUUAAUGUAUUUAGGAAACUAUUUCUAAAUGAUAAAUUUCCUUUCUAAUGUUCCUGCAACCGAGUGUGCAUGUUUUUAGGUAUGCAUGCACACAAGCAUCUUUAAAUAUAUUCCCUUCAUACAGGUGCUCCAUACAAUCUCCAGUCAUUCUUUUACUGCUGCUUUGGUGAGGGGCCAUCAUUUCCAUGAACCACUUACAGCUUCAAAAACACAAUUCCUCAGCAGAAAGGUUAAAAAUGAAAUAUAUAUUUAAGAAGAUCAAUUAAUGAAUUCAUACAUGCCCUAAUUAAGAAUUAUCAUUAGUUAAACUACAUUUAUAUUACAAAAUAUCAAUACAGUUUAAAUAAAAAUAAUGAAUCUAAUACUCUAAAAGAUGCCCCCAGAGGCUCUCUGAGGAUAUGCUCAGAGUACCCAGCCCCCACCCUCAGGAGUUGUUGAACCAUAUUUGGUGAUAAAAGUUGCUGAGUAUUAUCAAUUGUCUGUAUGGGUGAAAAAAUGUGCAUUGUCAGAUGAUUUUAUCCAAAGUAUUUUAAAAUAUGAGUGUUGAUAAUGGUACCUCUUGUUCUGAACCUCCACGGCUAAUCAGUGUUCUUCUCAAGGAUACAGUUGGAAGGUUUUUACAUAGAAAGCCAGUGUCUUUCCUCAUUUCAUUAAUAGUUCCAGAAACCAGAUUUAAGUGGGUGUGUAGUGAAUUGGUAUAUAGUGAUUUAAAUGUCAAAUUUAUUAUUGGAACUUUAAAUUGAUUCCAUAUUUAUUUGAACAUCCUUGCUCAUGUUUAUGAAUUAUGAGAUCCAGUCAAGGCUUUGUGAGUCUAGUUUUUCACUUUAACAAAGGUUGGUCAAAUGCCUACUAUGUAUAAGACAUUGUGAAGGAUUUCUGAAUUAUUCUUGAUGGAGUCAUUUUAAAAGUGAAUAAUUUCACCAACCAUUGAUUUCUUGUCUCUUCUAAGCAUUCAUUUUAAAAAUAUGUUUAUUUAAAAAAAAAUGUUUAUUGUAAAAAUGGCACUAAAAUUACAACAGAAAUCCAAAACCAAACACUGCCCACAGCUCCAGCAUCUGAUUGUCAAGUGUUCUCAUUUUGCCCUAUAACCUCCUGGUCCUUACCAUUUGCAUAUACAAAUGUACAUAUUUGCAAUGAUAAUUUAAGUGAUCAUAUAUAUUCUAAAUUUUUGCUCAACUUUGUUCUAUGCUUUUUUCAUUUUUCUAUGAUUUAGGGGUUUUUGCCUCCUGCUGCCUUCCCCAACCCACUCUCCUUCCUGCCUGAGAUGUAGCCUCCAUGCUUUCAUUGUGCUCAGAUAGUUUUUUGUUUGAUCACUUUUUAAAAAUACUGUAAUC